UAUGUACUGCAGUCCCACGCUCGUGCUAUAAGCAAUGCAGACAACUCCCGUGCAGUCCUGCGGUGCUUGUCCUUGGUGAGGAAGAAGCGUGGUGAGCGUGGAUGAGAUUCCUCAAGCCGCCGCUGCUACUCGGCAGUGGCAGGCCUAGUUCUAGUCAUCAUGGCGGACGACAUCAAUAUGCACUGCUUGACCAGCAGCAACGGCUUUGGAGCAGGGAAAUCGGGGUACUGUUCAUUAUGGUGGUGACUUUGGCAGCCGUCACGGCCCUUGUGGUAUCCGGAUCUUUCGCCCAUGCUCCUGCCUACGCGAAGGCCUCUGCCGGCUGUGAUUCAGUUCAGUCAGGAUACCAAUGUCAACCGCAAAUCUCACCCUUCUGGGGUCCAUACAGUCCUUUCUUCAGCGUGCCCUCUAGCAUCUCCAGCCAUGUGCCACGCGGUUGCACAGUCACCUUUGCCAACAUCCUGUCCCGUCACGGUGCCCGCGAUCCCACUGCUUCCAAGACAAAAUUGUACAAUGCCACCAUCCAGAAGAUCCAUGCCAAUACCGAACGCUAUCCAGACAAAUAUGCCUUCCUCAAGGACUACCAGUAUGAUUUGGGAGCUGACCAGCUUACGCUCUUCGGUGAGCAAGAGAUGAUCAACUCGGGAACCAAGUUCUAUCAAAGAUAUGAGCUCCUUGCGAACCACGUCACUCCCUUCAUCCGGUCAUCUUCUGAAGACAGAGUGCUGGAGUCCGCCUUGAACUGGACACAAGGCUUCCAUAGUGCGAAGAAAGCCGAUCCUCUCACACUCGGCCGCGAUUCAGCAUACCCGUAUCCCAUUGUCGUCAUAUCAGAGGCUGAAGGAUCCAACAACACUUUGAGCCAUGAUCUUUGUACCUCCUUCGAGAACGGACCGGACAGCACAAUUGCUGCGAAUGCGCAGAAGACUUGGGCUGACACCUUCGUUCCGGCUAUCCAAACUCGCAUCAACAAUGAUCUGCAGGGCGCCAACUUGACGACCACUGAGAUCAUUUACUUGAUGGAUUUGUGUCCUUUCGACACAGUAGCAUCUCCGAACGGCCGAGUCUCUCCAUUCUGCGCGUUGUUUACAGAGACUGAGUGGCAUCAGUAUGGCUACUAUGAGACAUUGAACAAGUACUACGGCUACAGCUAUGGCAAUCCACUCGGUCCUACUCAGGGAGUCGGUUAUGCCAACGAGCUGAUUGCUCGCCUUACGAAUAAGGCCGUGGACGAUGCGACAAGUACGAACCACACCCUGGACGACAAUCCCGCAACAUUUCCCCUCCGUCGCGGCUUGUAUGCAGAUUUCAGCCACGACAACGACAUGACUGCCAUCUUUUCAGCUCUCGGUCUCUACAAUGGCACAGAGCCACUAUCGAACAGGACUCUGACAGAAGCGGACCACGCCAAUGGCUUCAGUGCAGCUUACACCGUUCCAUUUGCUGCGAGAGCUUACUUCGAAAAGAUGCUCUGCGUGGGAAAGAGCGAGGAACAGGUCCGAGUGAUCAUCAAUGAUCGUGUUUUGCCACUGCAGCAAUGCGGAGGAGACCGUCUCGGGCGCUGCUCCCUCGGCAAUUUUGUGGAUAGUUUGGGUUUCGCGAAGAGUGGCGGUCAUUGGGAUCAAUGUUUUACAUAGGUCUGCAUGGUCUUUACUGCAUCCAGUCGCGUAGCGGAGCUCGAUAGUAGAUCAACACAGCUGCAGAGCGGCCCCUUCC